AUGGCACUUUUCCAGAACUUCAAUACCCAUUCUUUAAGAUCAACCAGAGGGUUCAAAUUAAAACAAUCAUCACCAAUAUCUAGUCCGAAACCUAUUCAUAAUUCAGUAUUACCACGAGAUUCCAUAGACUUUAACCAACAACAACACCAACAACAACCAAACUUACAACCACAAGAACAGCAAAACCCUUACCAGACCAUUAACUUUGGACCAAGCAAUGGUCAACCAGUUUCUACUCAUAAAGAUAUCAGAAACUAUGCAGAACAAACUUUAGGAUCCGAUAAUGCCUUGAUACAAGCUGUGAAAUUACCACGAGAUGAAGAUAUUAACGAAUGGUUAGCUAUACAUGUUGUAGAUUUCUAUAAUCACAUAAAUAUGCUUUAUGGUGCCAUUACAGAAUUUUGUUCUCCUGUUACAUGUCCAAGAAUGAUUGCCACUGAAGAGUAUGAAUAUUUAUGGCAAGAAUCAUCACCUGUUAAUCAAGAUGGUAUUGUUCAAUCUCCUAAAAGACCAGUUUCAUUACCUGCUUGUGAAUAUAUUGAAAAUUUAAUGAAUUGGGUGCAAAAUUUCUUUGACAAUGAUAAUAUUUUCCCAUCAAAGAUUGGUGCCCCAUUCCCACAUCAAUUUCCUACAUUGGUGAAAACUAUAUUUAAAAGAUUAUUCAGAAUUUAUGCUCAUAUUUAUUGUCAUCAUUUCCAUGAAAUUAGUGAAUUGGGUUUACAAAGUCAUUUGAAUACCAGUUUGAAACAUUAUGUAUUAUUUGCCAACGAAUUUCAUUUGAUUAGUAAGAAAGAUUACGGUCCUUUAGAAGAUUUAGUCGAAACUAUGCUAAAAUGA